AUGCCUCAAGAUCCGAGUCCCGCUGGUUCUCAGGAGAAAAAUCUGGUCGCUGGAAAUACCGAUUCUGUAGAUAAUCACACCUCAGAAACUGGAACUUCUGAAACUAAGAAUACUUCCAGAUCCAAAAGACGCACAAGAAAUACCCCAGUCUUCACUUCACGGUUUGUGUCACAGCCCGUGAUACCCUCUUCUCACAUUGCUGGUGUCACCACACCACCCAUCUCGCCAAUUGAGUCGGCACCCGGGUCUGAAGCAUCCAGAGACUCUUCUAUAAACAAAUCUCUUGACUCUGUUCCUGUUGUUAAACCAAAGGUACCUUUACCUUUACCUUUACCUUUAACUUUAACUUUACCUACAACUACAACUACAACUACCCAUACAUCAGUACCUAUACCCAUAUUAGUGCCUGCACCUGACAAAUCCACUUCAAAGUCUCCAUUGAAAUCCCCAGCUAAAUUCAAAAGUCCAGCCCUUCCUACCAAGGGCCCCACUUGUGCUUCCGGAUCCGUCCAACCCCACCACCAUCCAACUCGGAGACUUAGAUCACGACCGAUAUCCCCCGCAAGCUGUGAGCAAUUACCCAACCCUGGGAAAAGAAUUUCUCCUAGAAAGAUUUCUCAAAAAUGUCCAGUUUCUCCAAAACCAAAUUCUCCUAAAAAAUCAAUAAUAUCCUCACCUAAGGGGGGAAUUUUACCUAAAAGUCCAGUCACUCCAGUUAAAAGAAAACAAGCAUCAAGAGCAUCGUCUUCAUCAUCUUCUCCAUUGGUCUCUCCAUCUCUAUCUCUAUCAUCUCCAAGAAAACGUUUAAAAACCGAAUCUGUUAAACCCCCCCAAAGUCUUGGCUCUCGUGCCGAACAUAAAGAAGAAGAAGAAGAAAAAGAAGAUAAUGAUGAAGCCCCCACUAAGAAUUCUUUUGACCCCACUACUCAACCGGCCACUACCACAUCCAAACACCGGCUCAUCAAGUCUGGUUUACCAUUAGCUAAUACCCCCACACGACCCAACCAUUCUGGCAAAACUCUCCCUGGUCGCUCCGGUAUUCCCUACAUAGGUAUAUCCGUAUUUGACAAAAACUUGAUUCUUGAUCUUGACCUUUUCUUUUUAAAUAACCCCAGACCUCCCUUCCCUAUCCAAUCUCUUCCUCCUCCUCUUCACUCUGGAUGUUGUGGACGUCCUGUCGAUUCUUCAAGAACGCCCUUAUUUGACAAUCUCGGAUGCUUUGCGCUCGGCGCUCACUAUGGUCAAAACUGUCAUUUUUUCCACAUUAACAAUAUCCAUAACUGGUUCAGCCUGUGUCUUGCUGAAACCCGUCUAGCUAACUUUUACAGAUUCUUUUUAGAUGCAAUCAGUUUACAAGAUUGGAUGCUUGACCGCAGACCUUGGGACUUUGUAUGUCGCCAUAGGGCAGAGUGUCUCUUUGAUGUUUCCUUACAAAAUGCUUCAUGGUCCCAUUUCAAGCGCGUUUUCCCCCGUUCUUUUGUGGCUUCUCCAGAAGAGCUUGCGCGCUAUUGUGCAUCCCCACAAACUGCUCCUCUAGCACCCGCACGAUCUUACUACCGGUUUGAGCAUGAUGGACUUAUAAUUUCCCGCAAUGUCAACCCUAGUCUUGGCGUCAAUGAAGACUUUGAGCAGAGCUUUUUACCGCCGUCUAAGUAUCCAACUGAAAUGUACCAAGUUGGAGUGCUUUUGUGUUUUUAA